AUGUCUUCCCAUAUCUGGCUUCGCGCAGAGACAAAGCCUGCUGAGGCGCGGUCUGCCCUGACACCAUCUACUACCAAGGCGCUCAUUGACGCUGGUUACAAGUUGACGGUAGAGCGCUCUACCCAACGUAUCUUUGAUGAUGAGGAAUUCGCCAAGGUCGGAGCUACCCUCGUCGAGGAAGGUUCAUGGGUGAAGGAUGCACCAAAGGAUGCCUAUAUUCUUGGUCUUAAGGAACUGCCCGAAGACGACUUCCCUCUGGAGCAUGUCCAUAUUUCCUUUGCGCACUGUUACAAGCAGCAGGGUGGUUGGGAAAAGGUACUCAGCCGGUGGCCCCGCGGAGGGGGUACUCUUUUGGACCUGGAAUUCCUCACAGAUGAAGUUGGACGAAGAGUAGCUGCCUUUGGUUAUUCGGCCGGCUAUGCAGGCUCCGCAUUGGCCGUUAAGAAUUGGGCCUGGCAAUUGACUCACCCCGAGGGAGAGCCCCUACCUGCGGAGACCCCAUAUGCUAACCAGGAUCUGUUGAUCGAGUCCGUGAAGCAGUCGCUAGAAGCUGGCAAGAAGCAGUCUGGCCGAUCGCCCAAGGUCCUAGUGAUUGGAGCUCUUGGACGUUGCGGCAAGGGCGCUGUGGAUCUUGCUAAGGAUGUCGGUAUUCCUGAGUCCGACAUCUUGCAAUGGGACCUCGAGGAGACGAAGAAGGGCGGUCCAUUCAAAGAGAUCGUCGAGGAUGCUGAUAUCUUUGUCAAUUGUAUCUACCUUUCGGCUAAGAUCCCUCCGUUCGUUAACCUGGAAACACUCUCCUCGCCCAAUCGUCGCAUUUCCGUCAUCUGCGACGUGAGCGCUGACACGACUAACCCUCACAACCCCAUCCCCGUAUACAAUAUCACCACUACUUUCGACAAGCCUACUGUGCCCGUCACCCUACCGGCAGGCUCUCAAGGCCUUCCUCUGAGCGUCAUCAGCAUUGAUCAUCUCCCGUCUCUUCUUCCCCGCGAAAGCUCUGAGAUGUUCAGCCAGGCGCUGCUCCCCAGUCUCUUGCAGCUGAAAGACCGGGCGAACGCUCGUGUCUGGAAGCAGGCGGAAGAUCUGUUCAAAGAAAAAAUUGCAACACUGCCAUGA